UCGGUAAAGCCAAAUUGAGAGUGGGACCAGCCAAGAAGCAAAUCAUACACUUUUCAAGUUUCCAGCAAAAAAACCAAUUGGACAAAACGUAAAGUUUGGGUCACGAUUUUACCACCCUUCACAAUAUCCUCACUGCCUCUCACGCUUUCAUCACCAUAUUACCAGCUCAUCAUUCUUCACGUUUGCUUCCCACGAGUUUCCCUUAAUCCUCACUCAAAUAUCUAUUCUACCCUCACUCAAUCUCUCCUAUAAAUACAGAGGCAUACACACAGAAAAAGAGGUGGAGAAAAAUGCAGAGUUACUCUGCCAAAUUAAAAUUCAAACUCUCCUCCAAAAUUCUGCACAUUCAUAUUGCGUCUAAACCUUCAAGUUCAACCAUCUGCAGCCUCAUCUUUCAUCACCAUCAUCAUCUCCAUAUAACCUUACCAAAUUCAAUCCGCAAAUUCCUUCUUCAAACUGACAUCAAUCAUCUCCAUUCAUCAAUCCAUCUCCAUACUACACACAAACCAUUUCCUAUACAGAUUCAUACAUUCAUCCUCAAAUUCAAACCAUUUCUUACUUUUCAAAAACCUGAACAAAAACUUCAACAAACUUCGCAUCCUCGAUUCAGUUUUACCAAAUCAUAACCGUGAAUCAUCGUCCUUCCUCAACACACCUUCACGCAUCAUCACCAAUAUCGCUGCACUUUCAAACGAACCGAGUCAGAGUGAUACACACUCAACGAUUUUCAACAUUAACCGAUUCAGAACUCAACGCUUCACAAGCUUCGCAAUCAAACUCGCAUCGCAACCGAUUCCAUCAGCAACACGUCACCUUCCGAACUAAUCUGCAGCUCGCAUUGCAUCAUCAUCAUCGCAUACGAUUCCGACUCAACGAAGCUUCAACUUCGAACUUCAUCAUCAUCAACGCACAUCUGAUCCAAACGCUUCAACACAACAAUGGAUCCAUGCUUCCCAAAACUGACACUGAUACACUAGCUUUCAACGAUUCAGAAUCGAAACUAAUGAUUUUUGUUUAUUGUUUGUUUGUUUUGUGUGUUUGUAGAACUGAAGAAAAGGAGAAGAGAGGAAUUAGCCAUGGCCAUUUUUUGUUUGCGUGAAAGAAGAAAAAAAACUAAACAGAGCUUGCAAUUGAAAGAAAAGAGAAAUAAGAGGCUGGACCGAAUUUGGUUGGAGGGAGGCGGACUCUCUCGAGUCAAUUAGGGUUACAUGGUGUUGGGCUCAGACAAUUGCAAGCCCAAAUCCGAGUUCCUCAACAGAAAAUUAUACCCCGUACCCCAACGUUUAUCCCAAUACCCCUACAAUUUUAAAAAAAUUCCAAUUUUAUCCUUUUUUUUACUUUUAACUUUUUUUUUUAUUUUUUUUUAUUUUUUCAUUUUUACUGUUUGUACGGACGAAAGAGGGUUGGAGACUGUGACGUUGCCUAAACCGGAUAUCCCAAAAUACAGAUUUCCGGUGUGGAUCCUCCUUUGAAGAAAUGCGAUGUAACUCAAACAUGUGUGGAUACAACUGAUGUUUUUGUAACUGGUCAAAAAUUUGCUACAAGAGAAGAGGCGAUAAGUUGGAUUAAGGAGGUUGGAAUAAGGAAUAAAGUGACAGUUAUAAUAGCUCGUUCAGAUAUCAAAACAGGCAAGAGAGGAAGAAGUGAUAAAUUAGUAUUUGGUUGUGAUAGAGGUGGAAAAUACAAAAAAACAGAUAGCGAAACCCAAAGUGCUAGUAAGAGAUGUGGUUGUCCUUUCAAAAUUAGGUCAACACCGUCGAAAGAUGGUUCUGGAUGGAAGAUCGAUGUAAAAUGUGGAGUACACAACCACGGCUUACCUGAUAGAUUUGAAGGUCAUGCUUUCGUAAGUCGACUAAAUACAGAUGAUAAACAACAUAUUGUUGAUUUGACAAAACGUCAUGUUCCACCAAGACACAUAUUAUUGUCAUUGCAAGAGCGUGACCCGGAGAAUGUCACUCGGAUCACGGAAAUAUACAAACAUAAGAGUAAGAUACAAAAAGACAUAAGGGGUCCUAGAACAGAAAUGCAACAAUUGCUCAAGUUGGUUGAUGAAUCAGGUUAUGUUUACUGGACUAGGAAAAAGGAUGAGUCAGAAGUUGUGAGAGAUAUUUUCUGGGCACAUCCAGAAUCAGUGAAGUUGUUGAAUAUGUUUCCUAUUAUAUUGAUUAUGGACUGCACAUACAAGACAAACAAGUACAGGCAACCGUUGUUUGAAAUAGUUGGUAUGACAUCAACUAAAUUAACAUUUGCUGUUGCAUUUGCCUAUAUGGAAUCUGAGCAGACAGAAACUUUUUGUUGGGUAUUGGAUAAGUUGAAACAGUUGUUUAUCAAGCAGGAUAAUUGUCCUCAAGUAAUCUUGACUGAUAGAGAUCUUGCUUUAAUGAAAGCCAUUGAAACAAUAUUUCCAAAGACAGCUAAUUUGCUUUGCCGAUUUCACAUGAACAAAAACGUGAAAUCAAAGUGUAAGGAACAUGUUGGGGAUGAUAUGCGAGAAACAGUGGAGAAAAUGUGGUUUGAACUGAUAAAGGCUAGUGAUGAGAUGGAGUACCAUCAACGGUUGAAACAACUUGAGGAUGCAUGUGUUGACUCCAAAGGUUUUAUUGAUUAUGUGAAUGACACAUGGCUGACACCGCACAGACAUCGAUUUGUCGAAGCAUGGAUCAAUCAAGUGUUACAUUUGGGCAACACCACAACAAAUAGGGUGGAGUAUGCGCAUUGGAAACUUAAGCAAAUGUUAGAGAAUAGCUUAGGUGAUUUAUGAAAAUGUUGGGAGGCUAUGAAUGACAAUAUCAAGAUACAAGUGGGCAACAUUAGAGCUUCAUUUCAGAAGAGUUUUUAUGAAGUUGAGCAUGCACAUAGCUGGGUUAUCCGGCUGAGAAUUUUUUUUGAAAAACUUACUUUUUAAAUGAAAUGUGAACCGGAACUGACGAGGCUGGGUUAUCCGGUUUUGGCUCAAAAAGAUUCCCUCUUCUCAAACGCUGUGUAACCGUGAAAAUGAGUGAAAAAGUGAAAAAUUUUGUAAUUUUUACUAUUUAUACAGGGGUAAAUUUGUCCUAAUUUUUUUUGUAGGGGUAUUGGGAUAAACGUAGGGGUACAGGGUAUAAUUUUCUCCUCAACAUGCACCCCUACGUGGAUCUGCUUCUUUGGGCCAGCACUUUUCCUAUAUUUUGUAUCCUCC